CUGACUUGUGGCUGCCUUCAGUCAGUGAACGACCGUCAUGGCGUGUAGAACGUGUUAGGAGUCGAGCAAGUUCCUCUAAUUAACAUAAUUAAUGUAUUUCACUUUCUGCUGCAGUGCCAGUGACUGUGAAAUUGACGAAGAAGAUAUCACGGUAGCUUUUCAUCAACAUUAACAAACACCUUUCUACAAUUACAAUAAUAAUAUUCAGUGCCUAUGCGAAUACGCGGAUGUUGCACCAACACCGUAGGAUUAUCGCAGUUUUCACGACUGCAGGUGAAAGUACCUGACUAGCCGUGUAAAGGUCUCAAGACCACCUUAUGACCCAAUUCGAAAUAUCUGUUUUCCUACGUAUGAAAGGAUAACAUUAUUCAUUAUUUUAUAAACAUUCCGCUAAUAAACGAACCUCUCUUUACAUACUGCAAACUGUUUGCGUGACGCAAAUCAUUCUCCAAGAUUUAUAUACAAUAUUUAUGUAGUGAGAUUCUUUUCAUCGUAAACUAAUUUGAGCCACAAUGACCUCCGAAACUCGUGACGUAAUCCGUGUUGGAUCGCGGAAAAGUGAGUUGGCACUGAUUCAAACCAGAUUUGUAAUAAAAUCUCUACAAGAUAUCCACCCUAAGAAAACUUUCGAGAUAGUUACCAUGAGCACAAAAGGUGAUAAGAUCCUUGACAAAUCGUUGCCAAAAAUUGGAGAAAAAGCCCUCUUUACUGCUGAACUUGAAAUAGCCCUGGAGAACGGCAGGGUUGACUUUGUCGUUCACUCAUUGAAAGAUCUUCCCACAACUUUACCGGAAGGAAUGGCUCUCGGUGCUGUACUUAAACGAGAGGAUCCCCGUGAUGCAGUAGUAAUGUCCAAGAAAUUCCAGGGAAAAACCCUAUCAUCUCUUCCAGAGGGUAGCGUAAUCGGCACUAGUUCUUUACGCCGAUCAGCUCAGCUUGCACGAAACAUGCCGCACUUGAAAGUAGAAAGUAUCAGAGGUAAUUUGAACACAAGAUUAAAAAAAUUGGACGAUGAGUCCAGUCCUUUUGCUGCUAUAAUUCUUGCUGCGGCUGGGAUGAAGAGAAUGGGUUGGGAAGAUCGCAUAUCUCAGCUCCUGGAACCGGAAGACGCUCUCUAUGCGGUUGGUCAAGGGGCGCUGGGUGUUGAAUGUCGGGAGACAGACUGGGAUAUUUUGUCAUUACUGUCACCUCUGCACGACAUUGAAACCACCCUGAGGUGCGUUUGCGAACGUUCGUUUUUACGCACUCUUGGCGGUGGUUGUUCAGCCCCUGUUGCAGUGUGUUCUUCUCUGGUCGAGAAAGAUCUGAGUAUAACAGGAGCCGUAUGGUCGCUAAAUGGACAAACCACCAUCAGCUCCACUCUGAAGAGUAAAAUAUAUUUGCCAGAUGACGACGGAGAACCACCGAAGAAGUGUCCAUACCGUGAGCCCCGUUUAUACUGCAGCAUAGUCCCUGGAAAAGUGAGCGGAAUAAGUUUAUACGGUGCUGAACAGCUUGGACAAGAUAUUGCAGAGCAAUUAGUAAGUAAAGGUGCGCUAGCAAUAAUGUCAGAGGCUAGGAAAGAAGUUCUUAGUACGCCAUAGUGAUAUAAUAUGUAAUAAACUGUUGUACUUUGCAUGUUGGUUGCGGGUGGGUAGUAGGAAUUUAUUUUUCGUAUCAGCCUUCGAAUUUGUGGCGGAAGCAUACGUCUCGCGUAAAAUUAAGCUCGGAAUAGUAGUUAGAAUUAAUUAAUUGAGAAAUAAAAAAUUAUCGAUGACAGGGAGAUUGCAUAUUGUCAAAGAAUUGGAUCAUCACCUCAACAUACUGUAUAGAUUUCGCAUAUUUAUUGCUGCUCAAAUUACAAUUAUAAACAUAUUUUUUCGUCUCUUUGGAACAGUUCUAAUACCAUCAAUCGGUUAUAAUUGUUACCACCUGAGAAAUUUGUACUAUUUUUGUUUCUUUCCUCUUUAUUCAAUGGUUAUAGAUAAUCAUGACAUUCGGCCCUAUACAGGUAUGAAUUUAUACUAAAGAAAAUAUUUGUUUCGUUUUCAAAUUUUAUUGUACAUAUCAUCGUGUUUAUAACUACUCUAAUAAUUCUUUUCCAUUGGCUUCUAUGUACGAGAGGGCCAAAUACUAUGAAAAAUGUCAGAAAAUUUAUCUCUCAGCUAUUUCUUUGUCUAAUUGUUCGAUAUUCAAAAUUAUUUUGAUCACAUGUUCGAUAUUAGUCCAUAACAGAGACUUGAAUCAAUCAGUUUUGCAAAGCUUCUAUGCUUCUAAUAAAACCUAUUGACAUAAUUCAGUACAUUUUACGGCCUAAUAUUACAAACAUCUAUUGAAAUCAAAGGCAAUGAAACGACAAUAAGAGAACCCCAAAAUGGAUACAUUGAAGUGGUGAAUUUGUUGCAGCCUUGUUUCAAAAAACUUUUGCUCAACAUUUUCUCAUAAGAUCAUGAUAAAUUUUUUUUCAUGGUCGGAAUUUGUCGUGUUCAUGGUUGGCAAUCUAUGUAAGGCAUUAUCACGAAUAACAGUAAUUCAAGUAAUGAUCAGUGCUGUAAUUAUAUUAUCUAAUCAGUUUAUGUUGUGAUAAAGUGACCCAUGACUACGCUGGCGUAAACUACUUUGAGAAGUAAAAGAUUAUGAUUUUUACACAAUAGCUUACAAAUCUAAGAGUGAUACAGUUACGCAAACUCAAAAUGCCUAUACAUAUGUGACUCAGCUCUUCUCUUUCACUCAUUUCAUAUUUCUGACACCUCAGGUCAAGUGACUUGAGGAAAAAUAACUCUGGUAUUGGAGAAUGUGUCUGAUCAUAAUGUCGCUUCACAAUUUAUAGAUUGUUGAAAAAUUGUAUUGAUAAUCAGAAAACGUUUGAGCUGAUUAUUUUAAGAAACUCAUGUUAUGAUUUAAAAAUAAUUGUUAUUAUAUAUUGUAUUUCUUUGCGCUCGAUUUAGAAUUUUUUUUUUUUAUUCAACAUUAGUACCGAAGCGCUCUUGUUUGUACAUACUGAAAUAAUAUAUGUAUAUAUAUAUUGUAUAUACAACUUAGAAAUUACUGUUAUUAUUUUUAAUAAGGACUUGAUAUACAGAACACGCAUAUAAACAUAUGUAUUUAAUUCAUUCGCCAUUUUAUAGUUGGUAUAUUGCGUACAGUUUACAUUAUGGAUUGAGAGGUUCAGAGGAGAGAGAAAAGAGUGUAGUUACAAAGAAAAUUUAUUAUACAUUGGAUGUAAUAUGAAUACGAAGAAUCAUUGAUAAUAAAAACAAAUUUUAAAUGAGUUAAU